GACACCCGCCCGUCCUUCUACGAAAUCGCCCUCUCCCACGGCACUGACAAAGUCACCACCCACUCCUACCACCACAUGUACCAGAAAUACCUCUCGCCCUUCCGCGAUGUGCCUUUCAAGAUGCUGGAGAUCGGGCUGGGUUGUGACAUGAAUUAUGGACCUGGUGCCAGCUAUUGGACCUGGUUGGAGUACUUUCCCUACGUGGAUCUGUAUUACAUCGAGUAUGAUGCCGCCUGCGCAGAGAAGUGGGCGGGCAACACGACGGGCGCUACGAUUUUCGCGGGCGAUCAGGCGGAUGUGAAGUUUUUGGAGCGGUUUAUGAAGGAGGCUGGGGAGGACUUUGAUGUGAUUAUUGACGAUGGAGGACAUCAUAUGAAUCAACAAAUCGUGUCCCUUCAAACGCUCUGGCGGGCCGUCGUACCUGGUGGACUGUACUUCUGCGAAGAUCUGCAGACAUCGUAUUGGGAGAACUAUGAAGGCGAUCCGACGCAGAGUGGGAAGGUGAAGACCAUGAUGGGUAUGAUCAAGGAGUUGGCGGAUGAUUUGAAUGUGAGGCCGGCGAAGACGGCGAGGAAACAUGCUGUGGGUCAGGAGAUGCAGUUUGUGGACUGUAUGGAGGAGGUUUGUGCGUUUGGGAAGAAGGAGAUUGGGAGUGGCAAGUGA